AUGGCGAGCGCCGGGAACUUCCUCAACGCCGCAAACGGGCACCUGGGCAAGAAGCGCCGGAAGGCCGACCUGAAGCCCAUCAUCACCGAAGAGCCUGCCCAUCUGUCGCCCAGCGCUGCCGCUGCCACCGCCAUGCCCGCGUCGUCGCAGAGCUUCCAUCGCCCUGCCCCGCCCGCCCAAUCGCCCUCCUCGUCCUCGUCCGCGUCCGCCGACGAGCUCGCUGAAGCUACCGCCGACGAGGAAGAUUCGGAAGACUACUGCAAGGGUGGCUACCACCCCGUCCAUGUGGGCGAGGCCUACAACAAUGGCCGCUACAUCAUCCUCCGCAAGCUGGGCUGGGGCCACUUCUCCACCGUGUGGCUGUCGCGCGACACUACCAUGAACAAACAUGUCGCCUUGAAGGUCGUGCGUUCCGCCGCCCACUACACCGAGACCGCCGUCGACGAGAUCAAGUUGCUCCAGAAAAUCGUCGACGCCAAUCCCAACCACCCCGGCCGCAAACACGUCGUCAGCCUCCUCGAUUCCUUCGAACACACCGGCCCAAACGGCGUGCACGUCUGCAUGGUCUUCGAGGUCCUGGGCGAAAACCUACUAGGCCUGAUCAAGCGCUGGAACCACCGCGGCAUCCCCAUGCCCCUCGUCAAGCAGAUCACAAAGCAAGUCCUGCUGGGCUUGGAUUACCUUCAUCGCGAGUGCGGCAUUAUCCACACUGAUCUGAAGCCAGAAAACGUCUUGAUCGAAAUCGGUGACGUCGAGCAGAUCGUCAAGACCUAUGUCAACGAGGACGAGGUACAGAAGGAGAAAGAAGACAAUCGCAAUGGCCGUCGGAGGCGACGCACGCUGAUCACCGGCAGCCAGCCGCUCCCAAGCCCCCUCAACGCAAGCUUUACCGGCACCGAUCCUUUCAAGGGUCAUUCUCCCGCACAGACCAGUUUACAACAAGCAUUACAUGAUUCUCCAGCCACACCCUCUACUCUCUCGAUGAGAGAUCGUCUUGGGAUUAAAGACCCAGACAGACUUGCCGAUGAGAGACAAAAACAGCGAGAAAAAACAACCGAAAUCUUGGAGCGAGAGGUCUCCGGUAUAUCACUGGAACGAAGCUCCUCCCCAAAACAGAUGGACGACCUUAACAUCGAUAUCAUCUCUGUCAAAAUUGCAGAUCUUGGCAAUGCUUGCUGGGUUGGACACCAUUUCACUAACGACAUUCAAACACGCCAAUAUCGGUCACCUGAGGUAAUUCUAGGAGCAAAAUGGGGUGCUAGCACGGACGUCUGGAGCAUGGCCGCCAUGGUUUUCGAACUAAUUACAGGAGAUUAUCUCUUUGACCCCCAGUCUGGCACCAAAUACGGUAAAGACGACGACCACAUUGCUCAAAUAAUCGAGCUUCUUGGCCCCUUCCCCCGAUCCCUAUGCCUUUCAGGCAAAUGGUGUCAGGAAAUUUUCAACCGCAGAGGUGAACUCCGCCACAUCCAUCGGCUUCGCCACUGGGCUUUACCCGACGUCCUCCGAGAAAAAUACCACUUCGAUGCCGAGGAAAGCAAAUAUAUCUCGGAAUUCUUAACACCCAUGCUAGAGCUUGUGCCUGAAAGACGCGCAAAUGCCGGUGGUAUGGCGAAUCACUCCUACCUCAAGGGCACAAAGGGGAUGGACCAUAUCCUGUUAGACGUUCCAGUUGGAAGUAAAGGAGAAGGCAUUGUAGGCUGGGCGUCAGAAGUAAAGAAGAGAUAG